AACGGCGUCGCCUUCUGCGGCACUCUCGUCGGCCAUCUCUUCUUCGGCUGGCUCGGCGACAAACUUGGCCGGAAAAAGCUUUACUGCGUAACUCUUUUUCUGAUGAUCGUUUGUGCGCUCUGCUCCGGCCUCUCGUUCGGCCGGAAGCCCGCCGGAGUUAUGGGGACGCUCUGUUUUUUUCGGUUUUGGCUCGGUUUCGGUAUCGGCGGCGAUUAUCCUCUCUCCGCCACCAUUAUGUCGGAAUAUGCUAAUAAGAAGACGCGGGGAUCGUUCAUUGCGGCUGUUUUUGCGAUGCAGGGGUUCGGUAUUCUUGCCGGCGGUGUUGUUACCCUGUUUGUCUCCGGUGUCUUCAAAGAGAGGUUCCCGGCGCCGGCGUACAGCAUCGACCCGCUCGCCUCCACCGUCCCGCAGGCCGAUUACGUCUGGCGGUUAAUCCUGAUGAUCGGCGCAAUACCGGCUGCGCUGACUUUAUACUCCCGAAUGAGAAUGCCGGAAACCGCUCGCUACACCGCCCUCGUAGCCAACAACGCCGAGCUCGCCGCCAUUGAUAUGGCCAAAGUUCUCCAACUCGAUCUCGAAAACAACAGCCCAGUGAUGAUCAAACCAGAGAAGCAAUUCGGUCUAUUCAGCAAAAAAUUCGCUCGCCGGCACGGCCUCCACUUGCUCGGCACCACCACCAUCUGGUUCCUCCUCGACAUCGCCUUCUACAGCCAAAACCUCUUUCAAAAAGACAUUUUUAGCGCGGUGGGAUGGAUUCCGAGCGCCGUCUCCAUGAACGCGUUGGAGGAGCUUUUCAAGAUCGCCAGAGCAGAGACCAUCAUAGCGCUCUGCGGCACGGUGCCAGGAUACUGGUUUGCCGUCGCUUUCAUCGAUGUGAUCGGGAGGUUUUGGAUUCAGACGAUGGGGUUCUUCUUCAUGACCGUGUUCAUGCUCGGGCUUGCGAUUCCUUACAGCCACUGGAGUUCGCCGGGAAAUCAAAUCGGAUUUGUGGUGAUGUAUGGAUUGACCUUCUUCUUCGCUAAUUUUGGGCCGAAUUGCACGACGUUUAUUGUUCCGGCGGAGAUAUUUCCGGCGAGGUUGAGGUCGACUUGUCACGGGAUAUCGGCGGCGGCGGGGAAGGGGGGAGCGAUAGUGGGAUCUUUUGGGUUUCUGUAUGCGGCGCAGGAACGGGAGAAGGGGAAGAGGGAGAGGGGAUAUCCGACGGGGAUUGGGGUGAGGAAUUCGUUGUUUGUGCUUGCGGCCUGUAAUUUGUUGGGUUUAGGAUUUACUCUGUUGCUGCCCGAAUCAAAGGGGAAGUCUUUGGAGGAGAUGUCGGGGGAGGAGGAAGAAGAGCUGAAGGAGAGGGGUACAGUGAUGUGUGAAGAUGGGGGUGAGAAGGAGAUUUCUUAGGGGUAUUGCACAGACCAACUUAUCUCAAGUCAAUCAUGCGAUUUUAGGAUUAUUCCUUAACAUUAAAUCAGUCUAACCCUCACAAUGUUUCGACUUGUAACUACAAAAUACUAUAGGACACUUAAAUGUUUAGGAUUCUUGGAUGAA